AUUCCUACGCGGUACUGCGUGACUAACAACUGCUCCACCAUAUGGUCAAAGGGAUCAGGCAGAUGCGAUUGAAGUAAUGCAGAAGGAGAGAUCUCGACCCUAACAUGAUCCCUGCGCCAGAGGCUGAUUGAAACACAACGUCAACAGGGCGAGGCUGAUAAUCUCUAGGCUUGUAUAUGAAGCUGGCUCAAUAAAGGAUGCUUCGCUACGGUUCGUUAAAAGUAACUUCUCAAUGGGUUUGGACUUGUUCAUCCGAGAUCGCCGUUUGAGGGGAGUUGUGUAUCAACAGUCGCGAGGAAAGUACCCUCAGACAGAGUUUGUGCGUUUCAGGAGUCGUGAAGUUUCGACGAGCGUUACUUUUGAUUUGCCUGUGAUGGCUUUUGACGAUCGGAUCAUUGGAGAAUGCCUCUUGGUUUGACGGGCUAUUGAUUCCCUCUUCUACAGUGUUGUGAUGCACCGUGUCUACACACUCGACACAUAGGAAACUAUUUGACAAUCUGAUUUGUUUCUAAAGUGGGAAAUACAGCCUACUUAUAGGACUGGCAAAUGUUUGUGAAGUUUGAUAAACCCCGAAACACAAUCAAGACGAGAUCUGGUGUGUCCAGAUUGUUCCAGUGAAGUAUUCUGGACUGCUGUCGGCGACCUCAACAUUACCUACAUAGUGAGGAUUCUAAAGAACACGGAGACAAUGCGGAUCAUCAAAAGUAGAGAAUGUGUCGGACAAAUAAUUGUUUGAGGAAAAUAUUUGCAUCCUCGGAUAAUACACGUGUGUUGACCAUUAUCAAUUCUAAAUAUCACACUGUCUGAUAUAUACUAGACGCGAUAGAAAAUCGCAGUCCUCGUUUCGGAAAUAAUCAGUGAAACUAAUUCUCAGAAGACGCCUGGAAGUAUUUUUCAGUGAAUAUAUUUUGGAUCCUUGAUCUUUCCCUAAUAGGAUUAAUAUCCCUUAUUUUACUCUGGUUGUUUGUUUUACCUGUGAUUGAAAUCUGGACAUUUUCCAAUAUUCCUUGUCGUCUGCUCAGCCGUCUGUUCACUGCGUGAUGUAAUUGAUGAUGUCCUUGUGUGCACUGCGCAUCCAUACAUCAUGGACUACUGGUCGGUUUGGUGGAAGAUUUUAGCCGUCUGCUGCUCAGUGACCAUGUCCCUAGCGGACGACAAUGAGUACAGGCUAGUGAGGGACUUGCUACAAGGCUACGACAAACGCAUACGACCUUCAAUCAACUCCAGCGAAAGGCUCAACGUCACAUUCGGGGUGGCUCUGGCUCAGAUUAUAGAUGUGGACGAAAAGAAUCAGAUUCUUACAACCAAUUGCUGGCUGAACCAGAUGUGGCUGGAUUACGGCUUGAGGUGGGACCCUGAAAAGUACGGGGGCAUCAAGGUGAUCCGUCUCCCCCACGACUCCGUGUGGCGACCGGACAUACUGCUCUACAACAACGCCGACGUCUCCUCCUUCUUCUCUUCAAUAAGUUCCAACGUGAUCGUCAACAACGAUGGCAACGUGACGUGGUUGUCAAUGGUGAUCUUUAAAAGUUCGUGUUCUAUCAACGUACGUUAUUUCCCAUUCGACGAACAGAAUUGUUCCCUGUUGUUUUCUUCGUGGACUUACGACGGUUUGCAACUGGACCUCAUCAUGAAUUCUCCCCAUGGCGACACGUCCAACUACAUCCACAACAGCGAAUGGCUGCUCGUCAAGCUAUUGGUGAAGAGAAACGUGGUGUACUAUUCUUGCUGUGACGCGCCGUACCCGGAUAUAACCUACUAUAUUCACAUCAGGCGACGCCCGCUGUUCUAUAUAUUCAACAUGAUAUUGCCGUGUAUAUUGAUAACGUUGGUGGCGUUGUUAGGGUUCUAUAUACCCUCAGACUCAGGAGAGAAGGUGACAAUGGGGAUUACGACGUUGCUGUCGAUGACGGUGUUCAUGAUGUUGGUGACGGAGAAUAUGCCUCCGACGUCGGAUGUGCUACCUCUUAUAGGGAUCUACUACGGUAUGACGAUAUUCAUCGUUUCCUUCGCAACGGGUAUGACAGUGUUCACCCUGAAUAUUCACCACAAAGGCACAAGGGGUAGAGAGGUACCAAGCGUCAUCAGGAAGAUCGCUUUCAGCUGCCUGGCGAAGAUGUUCUGCAUCAAAGUACAGCGCGCAAAAACACCUGCAGCAACUGCAGUGUUCACACCAGACUGCAAUGGAACGACCGGAAGUAGUUCCUACAUCCGCUUUAAAAUGGCGCCUCAAAGCGACCCGGAGAGUGUGCCAUCAAAGACAGUUGAUUUCAAACCCGGUGCCCCCGAGGUCCCGCCAACAAUAGACAUGGUGGAUGUGAAGCUUGAAGACCCCUUGUCAACAAAUGGCGGGUUCGGAACACACUUCCCUCGCUUCCGGUCUGGACAAGCCGGAAGUAGUGCCGUGGUGGAGAACUUUGAGCAACAAUUCAUGCGGGUUCUACAAAAAGUAUAUCAGACAAUUGAACAAAACGAAAUAAGAUUAGCGGACCAGGACAGACGGGAAGCUAUCAAAAUAGAAUGGCAGCAGGUUGCCCAGAUAGUAGAUAGAAUGCUAUUAUCAGGAUUUGUGGCGCUCACAAUGGUUAUAACAGGCGUUGUACUGCUCGGAGCACCGGCGUCUGUCAGCAGCAUGACGUCAUAAUAUGUGAUACCGGUAUGGUACGGGAGGAAGGUUGGACAGAGGACUGUGAAUAUUGGUCAACUUUACAUACCACCAUGUUGGUAUUUUGUAGGAACAGCACGGAUGAUCUUUACUGAAAUGCAUUUGUUAUAAAGUGCGAAGGUUGUCAAUAUCUGUCUCUGAUUCACAUUGGGAGGCUGUUUUGUUGUAAUCGUCGUUGGAUGCAUGUUGCAGUUAAAUUGGUAAAUAUUUUAGAAAGGGAUAAUGGACUUUUUAAGUUGUCUAGUGCGGAUACGAAGUUAAUGUGACUUCCGGUUCAGAUAUAUUUCAAUAUGCUAUUUGAAGUAACAGAUUGCCCGUAUCAGAGAUCCAAAACGGUAAAAAUAAGUCUGUUGUAUGACCUACAUUCAUCUAUCUGACUGUUUCGCUGAAUACCAAGGUAUUAACACUUGGUAUGGUGGCAUUACACUCGACGGUCUAUCCAGGAGAGUCAUCAAUGGUUGGUUGGUGAAUAUACAUAUAUUAACGGGCAAUAUGGUAACGUCACUUUUAUCAACAUGGUAACUUAAUCUGACACGCCUAGUAUAUCUCAAUUCUAUAGACCCUAAAGAACCUACCAGGAUCCGAAUGUCGUGAGAUUCUACCCAUUAUGGUUCUUGGUGCGUCAACAACCUAACUGUUUCUACAGUUCCUAUUAAUAACUGUACAUGUUUACGACCUCAUUCUCGAUUGGUUUUCCUCCCAAAUUGAGCUGUGAAAUAACUUGGAUAUUGUACAUUGCGACGUUUAACCAACCUUGCCCACUCAUGUUUGACGAUGACGACAUUGUCAGUGGGAAAGAAUGUGUUCAUGCAGUAUUCGGAACAUACAGGCCUACAGGGCAUGAACACCAUGUGGCAGAUGACCAAAAGCGCUGGCGCUUUUUACUAUGCCUAUAUCCUUCUUGAAGGUUUGACCAGGUAACACUACAUGUUUGACUAGGUGACACGACAUGCAUAACCAGGUGGCAUUUUGUAACCAGAAGCUACAUGUCCGACCGAGUGGCAUUCCUUCUUUGAACGGAAGCUACAUGUUUGACCGAGUGGCAUUCCUUCUUUGACCGGAAGCUACAUGUUUGACCGGGUGAUACUGCAUAUUUGACCGGGUGGUAUUUCUUGUUUGACCACGAGAAGCUACAUUUUUGCCCGGGUGACUCUAGAUGUUUGGCCAGGUGACACUACAUGUUUGACUGGGUGACACUGUAUAUGCAUGUUUGACUGAUCGACACAAAAUAGUUGACCAAGUACACUACAUGUACAUGAUGACACCACAUGUUUGAGCAGGUUGCGCUACAUUAACAUGUUUGACUGGGUGACACUAGAUGUUUGACCCGGUGACGCAACGUACUUUUCCAGUAGCGUCACCCUGAGAAACAUAUGUUUCGAUUCCCGUGUCCGCAGACUCCCUUAUAACUUUUUGAUACAACAGUUCACCGGAAAGUCCGCACGUUGUUCGCUGUUUCCAUGGAGACGUUUUAAUGGAUAGACUUUAAAGGAUUUGAAAAAAAGUGACUUGGCAUCUUAUUCAUGAUGACGAUUCCAAUGUGAGGAUAUAUUCAAUUGGAGCAAACACGUGGGACUGUGGAGAUCAAAGUGUGUUGAGACGUUUCCAAUCUGAAACUGAUAUAUCAGCAAAGAAAGUUUCCCUGUAUGCGACAGAACUGUACUGGCAAACCCUACUAAUCCGGACUACACCGUUCCAAGUGAAAUCUCCGGAUUAUCACAUAUCAGGAUAAACGAGUUAUUGGUAUGUGAUCACCCUUUAAUAUAUUUAUAACGUUCACGACUGUAAUGAUCCGGGAAAGAGGGGUUCUGGAUUAAUGAGGUUUGGCUGUAUGUAAGUGGUUGUAUUUCACUCCUUGCAUUCUUAAGGUGCUGCACCUUGUCCGAGUUAGUUCAUUCCACUACGUAAUGACAUUUGAUCACGGAAGCAUGUCACGUAAAGCAACCUUUUGGUCAAGAAAUUAUUUUUCUUGAUGUCAUUAAUGAUACGGAUAUUAAUGAAGCGAAUAUAUAUAUAUGUUUGAACUUACUAUAGGUGAUAAGUUCAAUGUAGAUUAACUCUGACUUGCUUUGACUGAUAUGGGUUGUCAAUAUCUCGACUACGCUCGGAAGGGAAUCCUCGAAUUAACAUGAAGAUGGCUGCAUUGGUGUUGGUACAGGUGAAGGUUUCUCUCAUUCAUGGUGGAGUAGCAUCAAGGUAACGGCGUUGUAUCCUCACACCAAUGACCCGAGAUCGAUUCCCCUGUAUGCAGUGCAUGAAACACAUUUUAUUGGUUAAAAGUGUUGCCAACAAAGGAUUCGUAACAUUGCAUUAAAGUUUAAAACAGAGAAACAAAACAUAUUCACAGCUGUCACUCCACCAGUCGAAUCUGAGGCAAGAAAAGUUCAAAAAUAUUUUUGGUUCUCAUGGCUUUUUCAAAACUGAUAAGUUUGGGAGGGAGAUUUUUAUGAUUUUCUUGGUAGGUUGCAAAUUGUUAAGGGAAACGUCUUGUGUACUACUGAGCUCAUUGUGCAAUUCUCCAUGCUGCUUGACGUAUGAAAAGACAGGACAACGAAUCGGACACACUAUGAUUGUGUGCAAAAAGUCGGAAUGUAGGGCCAAAACGAGUUGAAAGCUUUUCUUAACAGUUUGAAAAUAUUACACUAUUGGUAGUCUUUCAGAUCCGAGAACAUAUAUCUUAUCAAACAUAUUGUUUGAAUCACCAUCAGGCUCUAGCAAUCUGUUCUCAUCCACUCUUCCUCAAUGAGUGAGGAUUCCGUUUUUUUAAAACGUUUACAUAAGGCUGAAA